AUGGCAGGAUAUCAGCUCUGGUCACCGUGGAACCCCCUGGAUGAGAGUUUGCAAUGGCUGCGGCACACAACACCUAUCUUUCCCCCAAAACACCCUUUUAUGGUCUUACCUUGCUUCCCACGGUCCUCUUCUGAUCUUGAAGUACAACAGUGCUUUCGUGAAGUUGCUGUAAUCUUGGAGACCCCAAGGAUGGAAGCUUUAAAGGGCUCAGAGUUAUCUGGCUACCUACCUCAGCCACAGAAAGGAACAGCAGCCAAGAACAAACAAAUGAUUAAGAAGCCCCAGCCCAUCCGUCUCAUUGGAUUGGAUUCAGUCUUUGGCAGGGUUAUUACAGUCCAACCACCCAAGUGGACUGGAACCUUCAGAGUUUCUGAGUCAUCAGCCUUCAGCAAAAUUAUCAGCAAAGAGCAACGGUGGCCCACUGGACUCAAGGAGCCACAGAUUGAGAUGACAGUAGCCAUGUGUAAACAGAUGCUACGCUCGAUUCUUCUGCUGUAUACGAUAUACAAAAAGUGCACGUUUGCCUUGCAACACUCCCAGUAAAGGGUUCCCAUCCAACCCCAGUACUUCCCACCAUACCCUAUGGUAUGUAUUGGAGCUUACAAAAACCUGUCCAUGAAAGUCAAACUAUAACCUCAUAUUUGAUACUUUGCCCUUUUGUCAAGUUAUAAUAGCCUAGAAGUUCCUCUCCUUUUCUCUUCACAAGCAGGGCCAAUGAGACUGAGCAAGGAAGAACAACUGAAAACGGAAUGGACAUUUAAAAGUUAAACUACCAUCCAUCUACAUGCUCAUAUGGUACCGAAGAGUUAGACAAACCACAGAAGCCAGCCAGUCCAGUGUUAACACACUCAAGCCCCAAAGAUAACUGAAGAACUCAGAGGAGGAAAGGGACUUUAUAUAUUUAUAUAUAUCAACAUGUAUGGAUUUUCUGAGUACCAAAAGAUGAAGCAAUCAAAAGUCAAAAUCUUUGUGUGGGUUAAGGACUAAUUUGAGAACAGCUGUCCAUCAUCAAACUAAUUAUGACCACAGCAACCUAACUAUAGGACUCUAAUAUCAAUGUGGGUAAAAAUGUAAAAAAAAAUAUUAAGUAAUCCUACAGCCUGACAAGAAUGAAACUGGUAGUUUUGAGACUGGACAUUUUGUUGGAAGACAUGAGGGUCCCCCAUAUUCACUUCUGGUAUUC